ACCAUAUUUAAUAACUAAAAAAAAAAAAUUUAAAACCCCCUCCAACUCCCACUAAUUCAAAGCUCAGGUAUGCUAUUAGUACCGCUAAUAAUACUUCAACUAAUACUGACUGACAAUACUAAAGAUAAUGGCCGGCGCCGUAGUAGUCGUCCGCCACCGAAACCGUUUAUAGUGGGCGGCAAUGAUGCCCAACCGGGUGCCUAUCCGUGGAUGGCCGCCAUAAUGGAUCGGACACACGGCCCGAUGCCCUGGUGUGGCGGUUCGCUAAUUACCAGACAGUUUAUACUAACGGCUGCCCAUUGUUUCGAUAUUAGCUAUACUAUCAAUGAUAUAUCAGUCAUAUUAGGUGGUUAUUGGUUCAAACCAGAUGGUAGUGGUGGUGGUGGUGCUGGUAGUACUAAGCACCGGGUUGACCAUAUUAUCAGCCAUCCUGGCUAUAAUAGCCAUACAAAACUACAUGAUAUAGCAUUGGUUAAGCUAAGAGCACCGGUAGAUAGUAGUAGUAGUAGUGGUGGUUUUCGGCCAAUAAAACUCACACUAUUGGAUAGCUAUGAGGGACAGUCGGUUCGUGUAUUGGGUUGGGGUCUAACCCAGAAUCCAUCAGUCGAUAGUCAGGCUAAACAAAGUGAAUUACUACAGGAACUGGAUCUCCAGGUCUGGAACAAUGUGGACUGUAGUCGUGAAAUUGAAGCGUUUGGCGACGGCAUAGUCAUAGUACCGACUAUGUUGUGCGCCGGUGGCCGUGACCAGGGAGGUCAAGAUGCCUGUCAGCAUGAUUCGGGCGGACCAUUGUUUACGAUUGUUGUAGACGACAACAAUGGACAGCUACUACCGGUGCUCGUUGGUGUUGUAUCCGCUGGUAUUGAUUGUGGUUUGCCACGUAUGCCUGGUAUCUAUACCCGGGUUAACCAGUAUAUCGAUUGGAUUAAUCAAUCGAUGAUAAGAUAUGACUGACAUACCG